GCGCACCGAGCGUAAGAGUUAAACGGGUGUUUGUUUUUUCUCCCAAACGGCGACACACGGUCCGGUACUUCACUUUGUGCCACGGAAAACUGAAGACAGAGCGCGGACAGACAGAGAGAGAGGAGAGUAAGCGCUGUGUGUAGGCUAUGUGUGGUUGCUGAUUGGCUGAACCGUGACCGCUCACUGUUUUUACGCGCGCCACACGGGAAGCCUGUGCGCAGAUAUACCCAAUUGGGCUGCACAGACUCGCUCCACUCAACAGUUUGUCAGUCGCCCGAGGGCACGCGCGGACGAGGAAAGCAUAACUCGGCUUCAGUAUCAUUUAAAAUAACACAGAGUCCAUGGCUGCCCCUGCAAACAUCACAUGCAUGUGGAUGUUGGUUCUGGGUGCGUGUGUGUCGCUGGUGGUUGGAACGGACUGCGGGAAAGAGUGUGCACUGUGUGUGUACCGUCUGCUGGGACAGCAGUCUGGAUUUUCCUCUCUGACAUGCUCACUUGAGUGCGAGGGUGGGUUGGACAGCCAGAAGCUUCGCCUGUGCCAGGACCUCCUAUUAGAGGAGGAAAACCACAUUCCUCUGGAAGCUGACCCCCAUCAACAGCAGGAACAGGAAGCACUGGCCACCAUGACGGCUGUCGACGAGGAUGUGACAUCACCAGAACACCAGUUGGCCAAGAAGUACGGCGGCUUUAUGAAGCGCUACGGUGGUUUCAUGUCUCGCCGCUCCUCCUCUCCAGAGGUGGCACUAGAGGAUCCUGGAAACCAGGACGAGGAAGAAAACGUUCGUCUGGAGAUCCUAAAGAUUCUCAAUGCAGCAGCGGAGCACGGCACUGAGGGGGAUAGUCAGGGAGGCCAGGCAGUGAAGAGGUAUGGAGGCUUCAUGCGUCGGGCUGAUGGAGGGGCGGUGCAGAGCGACCUGCUGGAGGCGGUGUUAGGCCGUGGCCUUAAGAAGCGCUACGGAGGGUUCAUGAGGCGUGUGGGCAGGCCUGAGUGGCUGGUGGACAACAGCAAGAGUGGGGGGGUCUUGAAACGGGCUUGGGAGAACGGCAGUGAGUUACAGAAGAGGUACGGUGGGUUCAUGGACUAGUAUGCCACAGUUGAUGACCCUUCUCUCCCCCCCGUCCCUCCAAACCCUCACCUUGUAGUCUGGACUUGUUGGUGUUUGAAUCAACUGGCCACCCGCUCUGCUAAUUACAUUGCAUCAUCUGGCUCUCUAUAACGUGCUGCUGCCUACUUCAUUGGUUCAAUUGGUCCUGUAAUAAUAAAAAAGAUAAACAUAUAUUGUUCAGAUGUACACAAAUCAUUUUUUGGUCUGUUUUUGGUUUUCAUGAUGGUAUUAUUUAUUAAAAGAAUCUGUUGAUCGAGGUGUGUUGGUCAAG